GCAACCAGAAGUUCAACCGAGGCUGGACCCCCCUCCACCUGGCGGCCUACUUUGGCGAGACGUCGGCCGUGAGACUUCUGCUGGACUUUGGCGCCAGUGUCAACGUACGUAACACAUGCAUGGAGAGCCCUCUACACCUGGCCGCUUACACUGGCAGGGAGGAGGUGGUGGCGCUUUUGCUGCAGCACGGAGCUCUGACCGACGUGGUCAACUCGCAGAACCAGCGACCUUGGGACAUUGCCCGCACGCAGCACAUCAAGGACAUGAUUGAUGCUGCGGACAACACUGCCUGUCUGAGGAAUGUGGCCGAGUUUUUGGAGGCGGCCGCGUCAGGGGAUAUACAGAGACUGACUACAGUGUUCCAGGGCGGCAAAGUGUCCAGCAUCAACGUACAGGACAGGUUCGGUAACUCCGCCCUUCACCUGGCGGCCAUGGGAGGUCACAGCGCGGCUGUCGUGUUCUUGUUGCAGAACGGUGUGGAUACCUUGUUGAGGAAUAAUUCUGGUCAGACCGCCCUUGACCUUGCCCAGUCGGUGAAGAUGAAGCAGGUGCUGGGGGUGGAGCCGGUGAAGUCGCUACAGAAACAGCCGCAGAGAUACGAGGGCUUGUUGCUGAAGAAAUCUCGGUUUGUAGGGUUCAAGUUGAUGUGGGUGGUUCUGGACCAUGGCGUGCUGUCUUACUUUCAGAACAGGGGAGACGCAUCCACCGGAUCCCGACGGAAAGGAAUGAAGUAUCUGGACGAGGCCAUCGUCAUU